AUGACCCUCUUCCCUUCUACCGUGCCUAAUGUUAUUUUCACUUCUUUUUACUCUACAGACAGUGAACUCUGCAAGAAGUGUCCUGAAAAUGAAUGGCCUAACAAAGCUAAAACUAUUUGUAUUGACAAGGUCAAUGAGUAUUUAUCAUACAAGGAGGACAUUCUAGUUUUAUUUUUUUCUAUAACUUCAGUCAUAUUUGCUACAACAUCUCUCCUUAUACUUGGACUAUUUGUUUGGUUUCGGAGCACUCCCAUAGUCAGAGCCAAUAACCGGAACCUCAGCUUCAUUCUGCUCCUCUCCCUCAUACUGAGCUUCCUUUCUGUAUUCCUGUUCCUUGGCCGUCCUGUGGAUAUUACCUGUAUGAUGCAACAAGUCACUUUUGGAGUUCCCUUCACCAUCUCAGCAUCUUCUAUCCUCGCCAAAACCAUCAUGGUCUUCAUUGCUUUUAAAGCCAUUAGACCUGGAAGCUCUUGUAGAAAAUGGGUGGGAGUCAAACUUCCCAAUACAGUCAUGUUAUUCUGCUCAUCCAUUCAGGUUAUGAAUUGCAUUCUCUGGUUGUCCAUCUCUCCACCAUUUCAGGAGUAUGACAUGGACUCCUAUCCUGGGAAGAUCCUCAUUCAGUGUAAUGAAGGGUCAGUUAUCGGCUUCUACUCUAUGUUGGGUUAUAUGGGGUUUCUGGCAGCUGUGAGUUUUCUUCUGGCUUUCAUGGUGAGGACAUUACCGGACAGUUUUAAUGAGGCCAAGUACAUCACCUUCAGCAUGCUGGUGUUCUGCAGUGUCUGGAUUGCCAUGAUCCCGGCCUAUCUGAGCACCAGAGGGAAAUACAUGGUGGCUGUGGAGGUAUUCGCCAUACUGACCUCCAGUGCUGGAAUAUUAUUGUGUAUGUUUUCUCCAAAACUCUACAUUUUACUUUUCAAACCUGAACUGAACACAAGAGGGACAAUGCUGGGGAAGAGAAUGAUGUAAAUGUAACACAUUGAUUCAAUGUAUAAUGCUGUAGAUCAGAUUAAACAAAUUCAGUCA